UCUCUCUCAUAAGGCCUAAUGUCUGCUUUCUUUCUUAUUUCCAUUGCUUUGUUCUUACACGCUUCCUGUGUAUCCUCUACUCGUCCCUUCAUGCUGAUACCCGAAGCAAUCAAAUGGAGCUCGGUGGAGAACUCAGGAAUGCAGCAAGGGAACAAAUCAUGCAUAACCGGGAACCCUAUUGAUGACUGCUGGAGAUGUGACUCUGACUGGCAAAACAAUCGGAGAAUGUUAGCCGAUUGCUCUGUAGGGUUUGGGUGCAACGCUGUUGGUGGUCGAGAUGGUGAACUUUAUGUUGUCAAUAGCUCAAGCCACGAUGACCCCCAGAACCCAAUUCCGGGUACGCUCCGGCAUGCUGUGGCUCAAGAACAGCCUCUGUGGAUCAUCUUUGAUCAGGACAUGGACAUCCACUUAAAGGAAGGACUCGUUCUAAGCUCAUAUAAAACCCUAGAUGGCAGGGGAUUCAACAUCCAGAUAUCACAAGGCCCUUGCCUAACCAUUCAGAAUGUGACCAAUGUUAUCAUCCACAACAUCUACAUACACCACUGUGUACCAGCAGGAAAUGCCUAUGCCGGGGACUCUCCCUCACCGGGAGGCAUCUCCGAUGGGGAUGGGAUAUCGAUCUUUGGGUCAAAGGAUGUCUGGAUUGAUCAUUGUACACUGGCUAACUGCUAUGAUGGACUCAUUGACGUCACAUAUGGAUCCACAUCAGUAACCAUCUCGAACAACUACAUGUUGGAUCACAAUGAAGCUAUGCUUCUGGGGCAUGAUGACAACUUCAUAGCUGACAAGAAUAUGCAAGUGACCAUAGCAUUCAACUACUUUGAGAAAAAUUUGGUGCAGAGAAUACCCAGGUGCAGGCAUGGAUAUUUCCAUAUUGUGAAUAAUUUAUAUGCAGGUUGGAAAAUGUAUGCAAUUGGGGGAAGUGCUAAUCCAACAAUCAAUAGCCAAGGAAACAUCUUCGUCGCAUUGGACAGUAAUUCUUCAAAGGAGGUGACUAAACGAGAAAGCCCACAAGGAUACACUGGCUGGAAGAAUUGGAAUUGGAGAUCGGAUGGGGAUCUGAUGCUGAAUGGUGCAUUCUUUAAGUCAUCGGGACAAGAAACUCCUGCAAGCUACAUGAAAGCAUCAAGCAUGGUAGCAAGACCAGCUUCAAUUCUAAAAAUUCUCUCUCCAUCUGCUGGAGUUCUCAAUUGUCAGACAGGCCAACAAUGCUAACAUCCAGGCCAACCAUACUAUUCUUUUAUUUGUCAUUUGUAUAAUUUGCACUUUUAAUAAUACUUAAAUUGCAUGCAA